GGGGCAGUGAGCCAGACCGGAUCCUUCAUGAGGGAAGAGGCCAGGGACAGCCAGCCAACCCCGGCUUCUCUUCUCUUCACUCAUAUUAUUCUGUAUUGCAAGCCAGGGAGCCCGAGCAGGGGGCUGCGUUAGUGUUCAUAGGAUGUCCCGUCAUGAAGGCGUCAGCUGUGAUGCAUGUUUAAAAGGAAACUUCAGAGGUCGACGAUACAAAUGUUUAAUUUGCUACGACUACGAUCUGUGCGCAUCGUGCUAUGAGAGCGGUGCGACCACAACCAGACACACCACAGAGCAUCCCAUGCAGUGUAUAUUAACCCGAGUGGACUUUGACCUGUACUACGGAGGUGAAGCGUUCUCAGUGGAGCAGCCCCAGGCCUUCACAUGUCCCUACUGUGGCAGGAUGGGCUACACAGAGAUCUCCCUGCAGGAGCACGUGGCUGCAGAACACACAGAGACCUCCACAGAAGUGAUCUGCCCCAUAUGUGCAGCGCUGCCAGGUGGCGACCCCAAUCAUGUGACAGAUGACUUUGCUGCUCAUCUCACACUUGAACACAGAGCUCCCAGAGACUUGGAUGAGUCCAGUGGGGUGCGGCAUGUGAGGAGGAUGUUUCAUCCCGGGCGUGGGCUGGGGGGUCCGCGAGCCCGCAGGUCUAACAUGCACUUCACCAGCAGCACCACAGGGGGGCUCUCCACAAGUCAGAGUUCCUCACAGAGCUCCAACUACAGCAGAGAGGCCAUGGACCCCAUAGCAGAGCUGCUGUCCCAGUUGUCGGGGGUGCGGCGUUCAGCAGGCGGUCAGCUCAGCUCGGGCCCAUCGGCCUCCCAGCUCCAACAGCUUCAGAUGCAACUCCAGUUGGAGCGUCAGCAGGCCCAGGCGGCACGUCAGCAGUUGGAGACGGCCCGAAACGCAACCCGGGGCGGCGGUCGAGCCAAUGCAAUCCUCAAUACCAAUUCAGCCGCAGCAAACCCCAAUCCCAGCGCCAACCACAAUACCAACCCCAGUCCCAACCCGGGUCCACCUGAGUCCAACACACAGCAUAAUGCACAUAGCUCCCAGUUUCUACUCAGCAGGCUGAGCGAACCGCGGCUGUCUGAGGCAGAGCGGCAGGCGUGCGAGGCCCAGUGGGCCGACCGGAGCCUGUUUGUGACGGAGCUGCUGCUGUCAACGCUGCUCCCCGACGAGGACGCCUCGGCCUCUUCCUCCGAGGACGAGGACGACUGUCACGGCUCGUUGCGGAAUUUCGCUGACUUCGAGGCCAUGGGCUGUGUUGAGGUCAUGACCUUGGACGUGGCACUGGAGAACCUCAACCUCAAGGAGACGACCCCGGCUACCAAGACGACGAAAACUACGACUAAAACAGCACCAACGAAGAAAGAGCCUCCCGCGCCACCUCUUUGAUGACAUGGCCACUCUCUCUCUCUCUCUCUCCCCUCAAACCACCAUUGUAACUGGCUGACUGCUGAGUCGGUCCAACUGCCAAUGGAUGACAAAAAAGACUGCAGUUCUUUUUGGCUUUGUUUUAAUAUUUUUUUUCUCAGUGAUUGUCAUUUCAGCUCUGUCGCUCCCCACUCAACCCCAUGUUUAUUACGUUGUGUACAUUGAAUAAAAGUAGUGAGACGAGAGAAUGUGAAAGCAAGCAAGCGUGGUGGGUGCGUGAGAGAAAGAAAAAUAACUAUAUAAAUAUAUUAUAGAAAAAUCUAUAUGAAAGUUGAUAAUCAAUUCCACAUAACCCGUGUUUUUCUCUAGCAGAUGAGCAAAGCGUAGUUAGCCAUUUUAAGAGACGAACACGUCACACACUCACCCAGGGAGAGGAGGCAGACAGAAACCUCUCCCGUUUAAAAACGCUGCUGUGUAUUUAUAGUUAUUAAUUAAAGAAGUGCUUGGAUGGUUUACCACAACUUGAGCAUGAGCUUAAAUCACCAUGUGCCCAUUUCUAACUGCACAGUCACUAGAUGGGGAGGUCUUUCUCCGUUCAGACACCUGAGUAACUGUAAAUGAACGGUGCUGAGAGCCACGUCACUGGCCUCCCUGCACCACACACACACACACACACAAACAGACUGACGGCUGCGUUUGGUUACAUUCACGUCCGGUCUCGACCCUCCUCCCCCCCUCCCCCCUGUGUGACAUCACCUGUUUUGGGUCAUGUGACCUUGCUUUAUAUUGACUGUGGGCACUUUGGUUUUGAAUUGCAUAUCCAGUGUCCAUUUGUGUACACUACAGAUGCUCUACAUAAAGGCGUUACACAACCCCCCGAGACAAACGGAUGAAACCGUCUCUUCAGUGUGACCAUUUUCUGGCCUUUUCUAACACGGAAGAAACACAACACAUACGGUUGUUUGUUUUUUUGUUUUUUUUUUUGUUUUCCCUCUCUCUCUCUCUUUUAUGGAAGACCAGAUGCUACUCUCUCAAGCUUCCCGUGAUCUGAAAUUAAUCUUCUCUCCAUUACUCAUGAAUGCAAAGAUUACUUAUCAUGUGACUUGAAGGAGAGAAUCCUGUAUUGCUCUUUCCAUUAAUUUCUCUCAGUCAGAAAGAUCUUUGUAUGCCUCCACUGCUACCUGAAGAAAUGCAAUGUAUGUUUUUGGCUCAGCGAACAAGCCAAAUCACAGGGUAAACCUUUCAGUUUGGAGGACAAUAAAAAUGUUUUGGAUGGAAAUGAACUAACCCAAUCCUGCUCUGGUUUGUGUUUUUACUUUCUUUUCUUUCUUUUUUUCAGUUGCUAACUUCUUGGUGAGCAUGUACAGCAUAUGGUAAAAAUAAACACCUAUCUUACAGGUCAAGUUCAAUCUCAA